AUGUUGGAUAUACUUAUUCAACCUAUCAAGAAAAGAUUUGUACAUGUGAAAAGAGACACCCCCUUACUCGCCUGCUCGCUGCUUUCAGACUUUCAGUUGUCUGAAGAAAUGGCUGAAGUUGCUAAGGCAGGACAAUUGGUUCCUGAAUCUGUAUUGAAGAAGCAGAAGAGAAAUGAGGAAUGGGCUGUGGCUAAAAACCAAGAAGCUGAAGCUUUGAAGAAGAAGAAUGCUGCAAACAGGAAGUUGAUAUUCAACAGGGCCAAGAAAUACAGUGAGGAGUAUGAAGCUCAGCAAAAGGAAUUGAUUCAGCUGAAACGUGAGGCACGUUUGAAGGGUGGAUUUUAUGUGAAUCCUGAAGCCAAAAUGCUGUUCAUCAUUAGGAUUCGUGGUAUCAAUGCCAUGGACCCGAAAUCCAAGAAGAUUUUGCAGCUCUUGCGUUUGAGACAGAUAUUCAAUGGUGUGUUCUUGAAAGUCAACAAGGCAACACUGAAUAUGCUACACAGGGUGGAACCAUAUGUUACAUACGGAUACCCGAAUUUGAAGAGUGUGAAGGAGUUGAUAUACAAGAGAGGCUAUGGGAAGCUAAACAAGCAGAGGAUUCCAUUGACAGAUAACUCCAUUGUGGAACAGGGUCUUGGGAAACAUGGGUUUAUUUGUGUUGAGGAUUUGAUUCAUGAGAUUCUUACUGCUGGGCCCCACUUUAAGGAAGCCAACAACUUUUUAUGGCCAUUUAAGUUGAAGGCUCCAUUGGGAGGGAUGAAGAAGAAGAGGAAUCAUUAUGUUGAAGGAGGUGAUGCUGGUAAUCGUGAAGAUUUCAUUAACGAGCUCAUCAGGCGUAUGAAUUAGAAAAAAAAAACCAGAUUUUGGAAUUUUCCAAAUAGUUUGUGUACUUGGUAUUUUUCUUGAUUAUUGAGAGUUAAGAAGACACUUUUUUGAACAAAAAUGGAUGUAACUUUGUUGAGAAGAUUUUGGAUUUUGUCAUCAAUUAUUUGCUAUAUUGUUAGGCAUGAUCUUGUUUUGGUGUUGUGACUAUAACUUGGUGAUGUUAAUUCU